AUGCACUUCUCUUUCCUCUCUGUCUUCCUUACUCUCCUCACCACCUCCCUCUUUGCAGUCGCUGCCCCUGCUACUCCUGCUACUCCUGCUGCCUCUGCUGCUCUCGUCCCUGCUCUUGCUCCUCCUGUCGGCGCCAAGCUCUACAACGCUACCGCCGGCUACAACGCCACUCACGGCCUUCCUUAUGACAAGAGCCUCCACGGCCCCUUGACCGAGCGCGACCUCAAGGCUCGUCAAGCCUUCACCGGCGAUGCCACCUGGUUCUACCCCGGACUCGGAGCAUGCGGUGGUACUAACAACCAGUGGGAGCACGUUGUCGCACUCAACGCUCCGCAAUGGAACGGCGGAGGAAACUGCUGGCGCAGCAUCACGAUCCAAGCAUACGGCAAGCAAGUGCCGGCUGCGAUUGUCGACCAGUGCCCUGGAUGCGCAUGGGGCUCGCUGGAUCUUGCUCCGGCCCUGUUCCAGCAGUUUACGGGCCUUGACACCGGAAGGUUCCAGAUUACCUGGUGGUUCAACUAA